UGUACGAAUACCCAUACACCCUGGUAGGGGUCAGCCCCAGGCUACACCUUGUACGCCCAAAUCAGGUUAUUGCGUAUUCGUUGGCGGCAUUUUUUUAACAUCGUCUUUGAGUAAGUGGCAGCGCAUUUCGUUAGGAAAAGGGAUACAACCAAAGAGGAUAGCUGGUAAAGAGACAGGGUACGUAAACCCGGAACCCAUCACAUAAUAACAGACUAUGCCAGUACUCGGAUAGAGUGCUAAAGUUUUGUUUAGUGGAAGUUAAGUAACGUAUUGGUGGUGUGGCGAUCGAAUGGGUAUAGGAGCAUUUUUUGUCUCUGUGUACAUAUAACUUGAAGGCCUUAGUGCGAGUGGGGAAUAUGUUGAAGACCAUGCCUUUCUCAGAGGAUGAAUGCAAGAUGAAACUUGCUUAUAGACUUUGGGGAAUAAAGCAAUAUCACAAAGUGCUAAAGAAUAACCUGAACGAGCUUGUUAAUCAGUUAAAUGCAAAUGUACAAAAUAUCCUGCAGGCCUCAGGAGUGGAGUUUAGGGAUGAGUAUAAGAAGGCAAAGAUACAACUGACUGAAGUUCUCGGUAUCAUCCUUGACCUCAGUAUAUGCUUUCAUAUGAAACAAACAGGUAACGCUCGUUUUGGCUUGACGUUGAAUGCUUCUGUUCCAUCUGUGCCAGAAGAAGGGAAAAAAAAUGUCUCUUUUGUGAACAAAGAGUUGCAGGAGGAAGACCAUGUGUAUCCCUAUCUGAACAUUGACAGUGCUGAACUUAAGGAAAAUAAUGCAGACUGUAAACUUCAGUUGAAAAGCCUUCUGCAGUUCCGUAAUUCCAGUACUAUUAUGAAAGAAUAUUCAGAAAAUGCAUUUUUGGAUACAAGGCCAGAUGUUCAAUUUUCUACUGAAAGCAAAGUAGAGAUGUCUCCAAGACCACCUGCAUUGUGCCAGUCAUGUCAAAUGAAUGAUAAUUGUGCAGCUCUGAACCAAAGCAGAAACUUUCAGGUGACACUAAAGUCCUGUGUUUGUCAGUCAAAACAGCCACUGGUAGUGAGCACUCCUGACACUGAAACAAAAGAUCCAGCAAUAGUAGAACCUUCUGUUACUUAUAAGAAGAGACUGGUUCCAGAAACUCAGUGUGUCAGUGAUGUGAAAGAACCAGUAGUAGAAAAACCUUUUGCUGGUGAUAUAAUGGAACCUAUGGAAUCUGGGUCCUACGCACGUGUUUUGAAUAGACCAACAGAGCCAUUUGAGAUUGAUAACAAAGACCAAGCUGUAUUGCAACCAUUUGCAAAUUUGAAGAAAACUGUGCCACAGGAACCUUCUUGCAUUGAUGAGAAAAGUUCAGUUGUGCUGGAGCCCUCAACUCUGGAUGAAAAGAUGCCAUUGAUAGUGGAAACGUUAGCCUUCACUGAAAGGAGACCAGUGGCAGAGGUUAUAGAUUACAGUAAACAAGCAGCAUUGCCAUCUUAUGAUACAUCAUUUGACUCCCUAUCCAAAGCACAGGUGUUGAUGGGUCACAGAGGAAUGUCACUGCUCAACAGUGCAUGCCCUGGCAAAGCAGUACCUCUCUUUAAUACUAGGAAUACAUGUCCAGGUAGCUCCACUAGUGUCUUGUGCACUGUUACAUCAGGAGCUGAAGUGUGGGACACAUAUGAGCUGUGUCUGGAGGAUGUAGGUUCUGUUUCUAGCAAUAAGAAAGUUGCUGAGAUGAAACCUUUACUUUCAAAUGAUACCAGAUUACUGUCUGUCUUACCAGACAGCCAUUGUCAACAGCCGGCAGACCAAGGCUUCAUUUGCAAAAUGCAGCAAAAAACAGGGGUGCUUUCCCAGCAGAACUCAGUCCCAGCAGUCUUUGACCCAAUGAAUAUAGCACCAGGGAUACAAAAAAGCAUCCUUUGUACUGAAACUUUGCAACCUUCCAGUUUGACAGCCUCCCUUGACCCUACUGUCCGUGGAAAAAGUGAUAUCCAAGAACCAAGGCGUUUGAUCCCAGAGUUUAAUGUUCAUCGUUGGGAUGAACUGGAAGUAGUAAUUAGCUAUGUAGUGGACCCUCAUUGUUUCUUCAUUCAGCGUGCUGGCAGAGCAUUGACCGACCUUAUGAAAAGGAUGAAUGAUAAAUAUAGUGGAAGUUCACCUUGCAAAACUGAUGUUAAAGGAUCUCAAGUCAGUGUCUACACCAUGGUUGAAGGAUCACAAGUCAAUGUCUGUUGGCAGAAGAAAAAGCUUUGGUACCGUGGCUUUGUUGUUAGAAAAAGGGCUGCUAAGAAUGAUGUGAAAAUGCAGGAUUGCAGUACAGAAUUUGCCCUAGUGCAGUUAGUUGAUUUUGGCAACUUGGUAGAGGUGCCCCUGUCGUGCUUGCAAGACCUUCAUUCAGACUUCUGUAUGCUGCCUAAACAAGCCCUGUGUGUAUCACUAAAGAAAGUGAUUCCUGUCCAUGGUUCAACUUGGUCUGCAGAGGAUAUAAGCUGGUUUACGAAUCAAGUGACUGGAAGGUCCUUCUAUGCCCGUCUGUACUUUGGUCACGGCUCUGAUGUGCAGGUAGAUCUCUUCAUGCAGAAAGGAAGAAUUGGCAUCAUGCGAAGAGGAGAAUCCUUUUCCCAAGUGAUGGUGAGAUUUGGAUUUGCAAAAAUGUCUGGAUACCCCAAAAAUCACCCAAGAGAUUUACAGAGGGGAAGGAAAAACAUAAUACCUCAAGAAUGGAAGAUGUUUCUUUGGAGAUAUUUAAGGUCUGAAAGAACAUAAUUUCCUGUGUUUCAUUUUGUGGAACUUGAAUAUCAACUACCACACAAGAACUCUUCAUGGAAACAAAAGGAAAGAAAUUUAACUUGGAAAUAAACCUGAUUACUAGAAGACAGUACAACAAUCUGAUAAAAGCAAGUUUUACAACUGACUGUAAAUUAUUUUGAGAGCUUUUGCUCUGUUGUUCUGGACUACUCUGGAGACUAGUGAAAGUGAAUGUACUGUUUAAUCUUAGAAAUUUCAUUCAGAGUUCUUUUUGAAAAGUUAGCACUGUUACUGUAUGACAUCUUUAUUCUAGUACUGCAUAGUUGCUGUAUACUCAUCGUUUUUGUAAAAGGGUUGUCAGAAGAUGUUGUGUCUUCAGUUCUGUGUCUACCAAUCUAUUUCUGCAUGUAUUACAUCCCAGUAUUAAAGCCUAGUAUGGUUCAAAGUGAAACUAA